CUCAAACCUCGCCCUCUCCGCUUGCAUCCAGGUGCGAGUGGCGCCAGAUAGCUGCCAUCGGGGCGGAGGAAAAGUGGCAUUUCCGGGUGCCACUCCGCAAGACGCCCCGCGGGCCAGAGAGGCGAAAUGAGUGGCUCCGAGGAAGAGAGGCAGUUGGAGCUCAUCAGCAGCCUGAAAGAGCAAGCUAUUGGUGAAUAUGAAGAUUUAAGAAAAGAAAAUAAGAAAACAAAAGAUGAGUGUGACAAAUUCAGACAAGAGAGAGAUGAAGCGGUCAAACGACUGGAAGAACUGCAUAAAGUUUCUCAUAUGGUUAUUGAAGAAGUCAGCUGUAUACAGAACCACCUAGAGAUUGAAAAGACAUGUCGUGAAAGUGCAGAAGCUUUGGCUACUAAGCUGAACAAAGAGAACAAGACUCUGAAAAGAAUCAGCAUGUUGUAUAUGGCAAAACUGGGAACAGACACCAUUACUGAAGAAAUUAACAUUGAUGAUGGAGAAUCAUGUACGGACACAGAAGGUAGCCCUGGAGCCUGUGACUCAAUGGGAUGCCAGCAGAUAAUAAAAGAUCUGAGAGAUCAAAUUAUCUUACUUCAAGAGGAGAAGAAGACUGCCGUCAUUGAGCUGGAAAAUGUGAAGAGCACAUUUGUGGAAGGGAUAGCAGAAAUAAAUAAACUAAAGGAACAAAACACAGUUCUAGCAUCUGAAGUUCAAAAACAUCACAAGGUGUUGGAAAAAUGUAAUCGAAUGUCUAUACUAGCAGUAGAAGAGUAUGAAGAACUUCAAGUCAACUUUGAGCUGGAAAAAAACUUGCGUAAGAGGGCAGAAUCCUUUGCACAAGAGAUGUUUAUUGAACAAAAUAAGUUGAAGCGGCAAAGUCAAUUGCUGCAACAAAACUCUACCCCUGAUGAGCAGCUUUCAAAAGCUCUAGAUGAAAAUGCCAAGCUGACUCAAAUGCUGGAGGAAGAGAGAUUGCAACACCAGCAGAAGAUUAAAGAAUUGGAGGAACAAUUAUCCAAUGAAGUUUUGCACAAAAAAAUCAAGUCCGUUAAACAACAACUAAAACUUCUAGAAGAAGAAAAGAAAGAAUUAGAGGAGAAGUGUCAGAGUGCUGAAGAACAAAUUAAAAACUUAAAGCAUUCAGUUGGUGAGCUUGAAAAACGAGUACAUCGGUCAGAAAAUCCAGUACCACCUCCACCUCCACCCCUCCCACCUCCACUUCCUCCUCCUCCUAAUCCAUUAAAGUCUCUGAUGUCAAUGAUUUGUAAGAAAUCUCAUCCAAAUAGCAACUUGACAAAAAAAGAAAAGGCUUCCUGUCACCAACAAUCAGGAGAAGUAACAGAUCUGAAGAGACAAGCUGUGGAAGAAAUGAUGGACAGAAUUAAAAAAGGAGUUCACCUUAGACCAGUUAAUCAAACCAAUCGUUUUAGGGGAAAGCCAGAAAUGGCCAAACCAGGCGAAAGUGCGGUGAAAGAGCUAAAAGGAAUACUGGAAACUUUGAACACAUCUGCAAGUUCCAGAAGUUUAAAAUCCCUUGACACAUACGGUAAUGAAACAGAAUUAGAAAGAAUUCUGAGGCUCAGAAAAGUGACAACUGAUCAAGAUAGUAGCAAUCCAACUGGAACUUUGGCUACAUCUGAAUCUAAAUCUAUGCCAGUUUUGGGUUCCAUUGGAACAGAAUCAGAAUUGACUAAAAAAUAUUUAGCAGCAAACUUCAGUUGCAAAUCUUCAAUGCUGGAUGAACAGAGUCAUAAAAUGGUAAAAAGCACAAGUUCUGCAAUUGUCACUCAGUCAUCCAGGAAUGCAGGGCUUAAAAACAAGGUUGUUGAUGCAGAAAAGCAAGCUGAAUUCAUGGUACUAUUCAACCCAGAGAAAAUCAAAGAACAAAUGCCUAAAGUUAUGGAUGAAGGCAACAUGACUGAAAACAAGGGUCAACAGCUUCGUAAAGAUGCCAGUACUGAAAAAACAAAAGAGAGCGACAGCUCUCUCUGUUAAUUGAUGUGCUGAAAGGCAUUGACUAUUUCUGGAACUUUGUUUUCAAUGAUUGUCAGUUGUUUUGUCUGUGAAUAUGGAAAAGGGCUAUAUUUUUUACUCAUUUUUUUAUAUUGAAUCCAAAGUAUUUACACCUCUUCACGAUUUUUUCUUCUAAAUUAGUAUAUUGUAUUCACUUACUAGAUUAUGCAAAAUGUUAAGCUUUAUUUGAAUUAUAUUAUUUUAUAUAAGUAUUUUAUAGUUUGACCAAAAAGCCCGCUAAGCCUAAUUUAAAUAAAUAAAACAAUCCUUAAUUAGGAAAUACAUGACAUGUUCUUACAACUGACAUCCACAAAUCAGUUUUUAGUGAAUAGAAGACACAAUUUAUAAGAGUCACUCUUUUAAAUCUUGUUAUAAUUUGUGGACUGCCACUACAAAGUAAAAAAAAUAAUUGUGUAAUCUGGAAUAGUAAUGGUAAUAUAUUCUACUAAAUCUGAAGAAAAUUUUGAGUAAAUAUUUUAACUGCAUAAACAUUAAAUAUCUGUGACAGCAAUCUGUAUCUUAUUAUUAUGGUUAGUCACACAGCAUUCUCAGAUUUAGAGUAGAUUUUUGGCAUUUUUAUUCCCCUAUUGAAUUCUUCCCAAGGACCUAGGAUAGGAAAUGUUGUUGUUUAAUAAUAUUAAGUGUUUAUUAUUGUAUACACAACAAUGUGAAAUCGCUAUCAGGCCUUUAUU